AUGAUAAAAAGACGUGAAGGCACUAGUUUAGUGAUAGUAAAUGACUCGGAUGAAGACGAACGACUACCACUAUUAUCAUGUGAUUCUGAUCAGCAAAAACAGCAGCAAAAUGAGCGCCUUAUACCGAGUCCAGAAGAGGAAGUAGAACAAGGUGCAAUCACGUCAGCGAAUGAGAAUGAGACGACAACCAAGUCUGCUCUGAGUGAAUAUGUAGCGGAACCAUCUUUGAUAGGCUCCCUCCGAUGUGCAGCUAUGCCUGCCCGUUAUGUUGUCGCUAUCUGGGCUUUCUUUGGUUUUCUUUGUUUAUAUGCACUACGUGUAAAUAUUUCGUUGGCAAUUGUUGCUAUGGUACCUCCACAAAGCGCACUCAAUCAAUCAGUUCGAUCAUGUCCAAUAUCGAACACAAGUUCCCCAAAACCAUCUUCAAACUACGAAUUUGAUUGGAAACCAUCUACUCAAGAAUUUAUUCUUGGAGCUUUCUUCUACGGCUAUAUUCUCGCUCAAGUAUAUAUCAUAGCUGGUCUUUCGACAGAUUGUUUAAUUGUUUUCAAUGUUAAUUUCAAUGUUCUUAGUCAAUCUCGACGUGAUCCAACAAUCACAAUUGCAAAUUCAACUAAACCAAUUCAAUAA